AUGGACGCCGCCGCCCGCCGGGACUCGGGGGCCGCAGCGCCCUGCUGCGGGAAGGGGUCUGCGGGCGGCGGUGGGACCCCGGCGCAGCGUGAGCCGGACCGGAGAGCGGAUGUGGACAGCGAGAGGGGCGGGCGCGGUCCCGCGGCGGUUGAGGAAAGAGGAGGCCGGCGCGGGGCUGCCACCAGGGCGCGGAGCCAGGUGAGGGAGCGGGCUCGGCGGGACGCCGCGGGCUGGGGCGCCCUCACCAGCGAGCCGGCCGCUCCCCGCCAGCUCCAAGCCGUUCGGGAGAGCGAGACUGAAGUCGCCCGCCGCUUUCUCGCCCGCAGCGCGCCGCCCGCCGCCCGGGAGCUCGCGCCCCGGGCCAGCGGCCGCCCGGGUCCCCAGCGCCCUCAGGUCCCGGAGGCCCCGCUCGGCCGCGGCCCGGAGGAACUGCGGAAGCGCGGAGCCUUCGUCACCUGGCAGCCUGGGCGGGAGCUCCGGAGUCCGAGCGGCAAGGCGUUCGCCCAGCCCGCGCGCCCCGACACGCCCCGCUUUUUCUGUAGAAAAUGUUUCCUGACUGCAAUGAGAGAAAGCGGAAUACAUUGUCCCCUUUGUCGUGGAAAUGUGACUAGAAGAGAGAGAGCGUGUCCUGAACGGGCCUUAGACCUUGAGAAUGUCAUGAGGAAGUUUUCUGGGCGCUGCAGGUGCUGUGCAAAACAGAUUAAAUUCUAUCGCAUGAGACAUCAUUACAAAUCUUGUAAGAAGUAUCAAGAUGAAUAUGGUGUUUCCUCUAUCAUUCCAAACUUUCAGAUCUCUCAAGAUUCCAUAGGGAACAGUAAUAGGAGUGAAACAUCCACAUCUGAUAACACAGAAACUUAUCAAGAGAAUACAAGUUCUUCUGGGCAGCCCACCUUUAAGUGCCCCUUGUGUCAAGAAUCAAAUUUCACCAGACAGCGUUUACUGGACCACUGUAACAGUGAACACCUAUUUCAGAUAGUUCCUGUGACAUGUCCUAUUUGUGUGUCUCUUCCUUGGGGAGAUCCUAGUCAGAUUACUAGAAAUUUCGUUAGUCAUCUAAAUCAAAGACAUCAGUUUGAUUAUGGAGAAUUUGUGAAUCUUCAGCUGGAUGAGGAAACCCAGUAUCAAACUGCUGUUGAAGAAUCCUUUCAAGCAAACAUCUGAAGACUGCAGAAUUUUCUGCAUCUUUGUACCUGCAAGUGCCAUCUCCUGGGGAAGCUACCUGAAGUCACCUGAAUAACUUGAUGUGUAUAUUAAUAAAAGUAAUUCAGUGUUCUGUUUUAGAUUUUUGAUUGAAAAUUAAAGGUGGGAUAUCUAUAAAUUUCAUCCUCUUGAUAAGUUAAAAAAUAAGCUAGGACUUUAUCUGUAAAAGCAUUAAAAGGAUUAUAUUUCAUUAAUGUAAUGGUGAAAAGGGACUCCCUGUUGUACUUUGUCUUUGUAACAUUGUGUUGCUGAUGACCUUGGUGCAGUUCCUCCCGUUGCAGCUACUGUGCAGGGAGGCACCCAGGAGCAGAUCUUCAUGGUGUGAGUGAAGUCUCACAGAGCUGAACCAAAUGUCAGAGGUGCAGAAUGGAAACUUGAAGGGCUAAAGGAAACAAUGCAAAAGGAGGCUUUUUUUUUUUUUUUUAAGAGGGCAUCUCUCAUAUUUAUUGAUCAAAUGGUUGUUAACAACAAUAAAAUUCUGUAUAGGGGACUCAAUGCACAAUCAUUAAUCAACCCCAAGCCCAACUCAAAAGGAGGCUUUUUUAAUACAGAUUCUAGCUGUGGAAUUCAACUAUAAGAAAAUCAUAUUUAUAUAGUGUUCAGUAUUUUUGAAGACUAGUGAGAUUUCUUUAAAAAUUAUAACUAAGAAGUAAAAGCUCAUUAUAAAGAUGUUUCCUUUUUGCUCUUAGAAGGAAAUAUCGAGAGAAAAAUGUAUUUCUUUGAUGAGCAGUUGUUAAUUUCAAAUCUUGUUUGUUUGGCUGACUGAUUCGUAAGCCUCAAGUAUUGUAAGCUGAAUUUCAGCUCUUUGGCCCCAGGAUUUUCAAUGACCAGUAUUUCAGAUUAGCUAAGAUGAAGCUUUUAUUAGGAACUUUCAGUUGGUAGUAUUAUAUUCUACAUAUAUAUUUAAAAGAGGUUUGGCUUCAUCUCAGUUUAGAAAUUUAUGCAGCACUAAAGAUGUAUAUGUACAUACACAGACACUUUAGUAUGUGUGUGUACACACGUAUGCAUGCAGUUUGUCAGAUAAUAUGCAGACUUCCUAGUGUUUAAAAUGGAUAAGCAAUGUGGGAUUGAAGUAUUUGUCUGAUUUAAUAAAUUUUUGUAUAUCACCAGACUUUUAAAAAGUAAUAUUUGAAUGCUAAGUGGUCUAGUUGACUACUAUCACACUUUAAAAAUUGAGUUUACAUGCACAAUUAAUCUAUUUAUAUGGUGCUCAUUUGUUAUUCUCAGAGAUAACACGUUACUGAAGCAGUGAAACAAAUUCUACCAGCCAUUCUGUUUCACCACUUUUUAUUGACAGCUGAGUUUCUUCUUAGUAUUCAUUAAUGAGAAUCAUAAAAUAACAUGUACCAGAAGGCCCAAACCACAGAACAGAAGGUGAAGAGUAGAUUAACAUCGUGACAUUCCAUUCUAAUGCACAUUGUGCUUUCUUUAAAAAAAAAACUAAAAGAACAUAAAAGAAAAUCUCUGAACUAGUUUGCUGCUAAUAUAUACAUAUAUUGUAUAAAAAGUAUAUUUUGGUUUUGUUAAAUUCCUUGUUGACUUUUCUACAGUGAACAUUUUUUUAACUUGAUUUAAUAAAAAUGUUAAUUUUGGAAGUGGAGUUUUGUAAAAACCUUUUUCAGUCAAACAGUAAUGACUUUAUAGGUAGUAACAGUCACCAAAAAGCCAUACAUCUUAGUGAACAUAGGCCUUUGUUCUGUCAUUCAGAAGGGUGAUGUUCACUAUGUGCUUGAACCUUUUCUCUGCAGUUACAGAACUGUAUUGUAAGAAUAGCUUUUAAUGAACUCUUUAAAAAGAGACUUUUGACCAUACAUUUUCCAGUUUAAAGCAAUAACUUUGGUACAUUCUUUCAAAGUUUAAUAUUUCCAGUGUCAAGUUAAACCAGUCUGAGAUUCAAGAACUUCUUUAAAGGGAAAUGGUAGUAAAUAUCAUCUUGAUGAAAUGUGUUUUGAAGUUUUUUGGAUUUGUUAACUAUCAUUAAUAGCCUUGUAUGUCUUUCACAUAAACGCAUAAGGAAAAUAUUGACUGUAUUUGCUAUUAUCUGGAAAUUACUCAGUAUGGAAAUGUUUAAAAUAUCCCUUUCAUCAUAGGAUUAGUAAUAGAGAUAGGUUUUCAGAUUCACACUUCAAAUUUGUGAGACAACCUCAUUUUUUUUAAAACAAGUAUCGAUAUAGAAUCUUAUAUUGGUUUCAAGUGUACAAGACAGUGCUUUAACAGUUAUCCAUAUUAUUAAAUCCUCAACCCUCAUAGUGUGGUUACUGUCUGUCAGCAUAGGGAGAUGUUGUAGAACCAGUGGCUAUAUUCUCUGUGCAGUACUACAAUACCCAAGACCAAUGUAUAUAAAUGAUUGGGAAUUUUUGUGCCCUUUAUCCUCCUCACCCCCAGCCCUCCACCCCACCCCUCUUCCAUAGUAACCACGAGUCACUUCUCAGUGUCUGUGAGUCUGCUGCUGUCUGUUCAUUCUGAUUAUUCAUAUUUAUUUUCCACAAAUUACAUGAGACAACCUAAUUUUUAAUGUGCAUAUAGUUGAGUCAGGAUGGAGGAGGAAAACUAUUGAUACUCUGAUAUCUAAAUUUCACUAUAACUUACAGGGAAGCUAUUUACCUCAACAAAUAAAUAUGUUUAUGUUGUUAAACAGAGUCUUACUUGAGAUGUAUUGCUUUAUUUUUCAAUUAAAAGUGGUUUUCUCCCA